UGUAAUCCAGCCCCAGUCUUGCUCCUCCGCUCCGGGAGAACACACCAGAGGAAGCCAGAAAAAGAGGCGGACGGAGCGGAGUCGGUAACAGAGAGUGGAAAGCCUACACAGAUAGGCUCAAAAGUGGAGUGGGAGAUCACCUAUCGAUUAUUGAUCGGAUGUCAGCCGUGUGUGAGACAGAGGAGGAGAAACAUGAGUCGGCACCAGUCUCAAGGAGUGGUUUUAACGGGUUACCAAAGCAACGCUGAGCUGUUGCCGCAAACGGGACUGUGUGGUGGUUCCACUUCCAGCUGUCCGCCGGUUCCGGACCGGGAGUCCGACGUGCUCAGUCGCAAAACAGGCCAAUACAGUCUUCAGCAGAACCAAAACGCACAACAUGAAGAGGAUAAAUAUGGUCUUUCAUCCGCCACCGGUGGUACAGGAACAAGCAGCACUGACUCAUCUCUGCUCCUCAAUUCAAGCUCCGCUGCUCACCCUGGGUCCCAGCCAUCUACCAGCCUUAAGCCAUACUCUAGUCACAGUCUCAACUCCAGGCGCAAACAGCCUACAUGCCAGCGCAGCUUUUCUCAGGACUCCCUGGACGAGCUGGAGAUGGACGACUACUGGAAGGAGAUUGAGAACAUCAAGAGCUCAGGGGGAGGACCAGGGAGGGGAGGAGACGGAGAAUCUCAAGAGGAGGAGCAGCAGAAAAUCCCUGAAGAAGGAGAGCAUGAGGAGGCGUGGCUCACAGAGGCAGGGUUAGCACGGCUGUUUGAUGAUUCCUUGGCAGCUGACGACCAGGAAGAAGACAGCGCCGUGUUCCUGUCCACCCUCACCAGGACGCAGGCUGCCGCUGUGCAACGUCGUGUGUCGUCUUACCAGCAGACGCUGCAGCGGCAACGCAAACGCCAACACUUCCCUGAUGUUCGAGAUAUAUUUAGACCUCUUGAAAAGGAUGAAGAGCCUCCAAACCUCAAAGAUACUACUGCUGAAACUGAGACAGAACUGAACGUAGAAGUGGCGUUUUCGGAGCAGGCGCUCUCUUACCGGGACAAUAAUCAGAGGUUGAAGGUCACCAGCAGCCUUAACUCCACCGAUGACAAACUUCCAAACUUUAAGCUCCUUCGAGAUAAAACGGGUCAGACCAAAGUGGGAGAUCUGUCUCCUUUGGAUAUGAGAAAGGUGCAUAGACUUGUGCUUGUAGAGAUGACUGCUCUGUUUGACACGGCUGGGAUAGACGUCAAGGCGAAUAAACCUGGCAGAGUGAAGAGCAAAGAAAGUGGGGUGUUUGCUGUUCCUCUGACGACUGUAUUGGAUCAAGACCAGCGACGGGCUCCUGGGACCAGAGUGCCACUUAUACUGCAGAAGCUCAUUAGUCAUGUAGAGGAAGAAGGAUUAGACACUGAAGGUUUGCUACGGAUCCCUGGGUCAACCACUAGAGUCAAGUUACUGUGCGAGGAGCUCGAUUCGUCUUUCUAUGACGGGACGUUUCAGUGGAAGCGUGUGAAGCAGCACGAUGCUGCAAGCCUUUUAAAGCAGUUCAUCAGGGACCUGCCUCAUCCACUGCUCACUGUGGAGUACAUCAAUGCUUUUAUUGCUGUCAACAAGCUCCCAACAAAGAAACAACAACUCCAUGCCAUGAACCUGUUGGUACUAUUAUUGCCUGAGGCCAAUCGGGAUACUUUAAAGGCAUUGGUUGAGUUUUUUCAGCGUGUGAUCGACCAGCAGGCCAAGAACAAGAUGUCUCUAAACAACGUCUCUGUUGUCAUGGCACCCAGCAUCUUCAUAUUCAAAGGCUUUCGGUCCAAGGUGACAGAGCAGCAGGAGUUGUCUAUGGCAACUGGUACAGCCAGCAUCGUCCGGCUGCUAAUAAGAUACCAAAAUCUCCUUUGGACGAUCCCAAAGUUCAUUUUGACUCAGGUUAGACAACAAAAUAUGGUAAACCAGCGAAAACUAUAUAAGGAGAGAGCUGUACUGAAGCUGCUGAAGAAGAUAACCAUCGACAGACCAGUUGAUAAAACUAUCCCGGAGGAGAGUGCCCAGGGAUUUAUUCGUGUUCAAGCACCACAGUUCAGUAAAAUAUCUAUGGUGAUUCAGCUUACAGAAGAUUUGCAAGCUGCUGAUGUAUUAACUCGCUUCCUCAGCCAAGACAGUUCCGUGUCAGUGAAAAAAGAUGAUUUGUGUCUCUAUGAGAGUGGUGGAAACAUCAAGGAGAGAUGCUUAGACGGGGAAACAUAUAUGAAGGAUCUUUUCCAGCUGAACCCUGCAGCAGAGUGGGUCAUAAAAACAGCGCAGCGAUAAGUUCUGGCCUUUCAUCUCCAUCCUGGACUGCUUUAAAUUUCCUGCUGUGGCAACAUAGCAGCUGAUUCUCAGAGGUUUCUGCAGGAUCUGGAUGCUUUGGGAAUACUUCAUCUUAGCAAAAGCUAGAUCCUGAAAUCUAGAUGGGAAUGCAAGUGGUUCGAUUGCAGUUUAUUAUGUUGGAAAAACUUUACUGAAAAUGUUUUUUUUUUAAGUGCUUUGCAUUGUAAUGAUUCCCAGGGAGAUUUUCUGAAAUACCAUCUUCAUUUUUACCAAAGCUGCCUUUCUAAAGAUACGUUGUAUUUUUUGGGAACUGAUCAGACCUGCAACAACUAUAAAAACAUUGUGAAGUAGCGGCUUCUUUCACAUGUUUUCUCUGUCUCCUAUCCAGCUUGCGCCAAACUACAAACAGAAUUGCUUAUAGCUUUCAUUCAACAACAGCUUUCUUCUUGCCCAGCUUCCAUAAAGACCAGAUUUGUGGAGUGCAUGUCUAAAAGUUAUCAUAUUAACAAAUUCUCCUGUCUGAGCCGUGGAUCUCUGCAGCUCCUCCAGAGAUACCAUUGGGCUCUUGGCUGAUUCUCUUGGCUCUUCUUCACAACUUUAUACUUGACCUGUAUGUUGUGUUACCUGGUCUCCAUGAAGCUGUUUGUUCGUUUAUACUGUCUAGCAAACCUCUGAGGGAUUCACAGAACAGCAGGUUACUCUGUUUUUUUUAAGGCUAUUAGAGUAAAGGGAACUGAACACAAAUGAAUUCUAUUUUUUGCAAAGCAUGUACCCGUUUCCUUCCACUUCACAAUAACUCUACUUUGUGUUGGUUUAUUACAUGAAAUUCUUGAAAAGUACGUUACAGUUUGUGGUUGUAAUGUGAUUCAAAAGUGAAUAACUUUAAGGGGUGUGUAUACUUUUGCAGGGAUGCUAAAAGAAGACGACUUUUUAAAGACUUUUAACUGGUGGAAAAUUCUCCCUGUUUCCAUACUGUGAUUUAUUGCUGCUAUUUAAUGUGUUUGCAGUAAUUUAAUGAAAAGUAUGGUGUUGUGCAAUAAUAUAUAAUGAUUAGGGGAUCACAUGUCAGAUCAAUUAUUUUAGGCCUAUUCUCCUUUGGUUAAUUGUCGAACAAUGUAUCAUUUUUUUAGGUAAGUUCCUGACCACUUCAUAGAAUGUUGUUGUAUCAGAGCAGGAAGGUGUCCUAACGGAAUAAAGUAUUUUAGGAGGUCUAACUUCGGCCAGGUGAUUAAACUCGUCUCUUUUUCGUUGUAUUUUGUAAGUAUUCUUAAAAAUGAUCAAAAUGAUUCAAGAUCGUGUUUUUUAUUUGCAAGGGCAUGCAGUGAAAACAUAAAUGAGUACAUUUAUAUACAAGGAAAGCUUCAAUUUGUGGUUGUUUCCCUCAACUUGUGAAUACAAUGCAAUGAAUACGACUGCACAAAUAUCAAGAAACCACAAAGUUUUUAAAAACAUUUUUAAGUGGAUUAAUGCAGUGAUACAUUUGCACAUAAUUAAUUUUGGGCUUUUUUGCCUCACCACUUACGUCAGGUACUGUGUCGUACACCGGCAAACGUUUUAUCUGGGAAAAUACACAUUUUAUCUUUUUUGCACAUAUUGUGCCUUUAGUUGCAGGUUUAUCUAAUUGUUUCAGCUUUUUAACGGUCUUUACAUAUCUGCACUGCAAUGUAACUUCCUAAAUAGUUCACUUCUUGGAAAUUGUGUAAAGGUAACAAAAAAUGUGAUUAACUUUUUUGAUUUUUUUCUUUUAUGUACACUUACUGUAAUUGAUUUUUUUCUUAAUGUAUUUUUCUGCCUUUUAAAUUACCACCAUGACUUCCUGUAAAUAAACUUGAAGUAAUUCAUUACCACA